AUGAACAAAUGGGAAAAUAUUUUCACAUAUUGCAAAGAAAAAUUCAAUGGAGAGCCUAAUAAACAUCGUCAAUGUCCUUUCAUAUUCCUAAUAUCUCGCAUCAUUGAACAUACGAUAUUUGAACUUUACAAAACAAAUUAUUCUGAUUUAAAUUCUUCUACGAACUAUCGUUUCAUCAUCUUUUGUAUUUCAAACGUUCUUUCAUUGAAUCAAAUCAAGCUGUUGCCAAGUAUGGAACAACCGGAAUCGAAUCCAACUUUUUGUACAAAUAAUUGCGGUUUUUAUGGAUCGUCGCAGUUCGAAGGAAUGUGUUCGAAAUGCUAUCGUGACCAUGUCAGUCGUUCAAUGAAUACCGGCCGAGCUAAUUCAUGUAACAGCUAUUACGCUUCUUCCACCACUCCUGUGACAUCAACAUCUCAAACACUUCUCUCCAACACAUCUACUAUCGAUGCUCAACAGACGAGAGAUGAUCAAGAUGAAGUUGUUGGCCACAUGGAUGAAGACAAUGAACUUCCUCAAAUUGAAUCAACAGUGAAUAAGAUGGACGAUGAUAACAGUGAAUCACCUUUGGCUACUGACGAACAAUCACCCACAACCAAAGAAGAUAAUGACCAACCUAUCGAUGAACCAAUUGCUAGUCACAUUAAUCGUGUUGUCUCUGCUCCCACUAUGCCAAUUGUUAUUUCAAGAAAUAUUGAUAUACCGGGAAAGAAUGACUCAAACAUUUCAUUUUCAGUUAUGGAAACAAGUUCUCUGGGAGCGGAUUCAAUGUCUCCAGUGACUGCGUCGAGUGUCGAUAAGAAAAAACGUAAUCGAUGUACGUGGGCGUCAUGUAAUAAAAAACUUGGAUUGACCGGCUUCGAUUGCCGUUGCGGAGGUCAAUUUUGUCCACUACAUCGUUAUGCAAACGAACACAACUGCACAUUUGACUAUAAAGAACACGGUCAAAAUGAAAUUCGUAAGAACAUGCCCGUAGUACAAGCUGAACGGCUUCACAGCUUCAGUUAUUCACAAUUGCCUCCAAAAGUCGAUCUACGAUUUGAUAUGACACCUGUCGAAGAUCAGGCAGAUAUUGCUAGUUGUGUCGCGAACUCAUUUGCUGGCGCUUAUGAGUAUUUACUGAAGAAAACCAGUGGUUCUCACAUUGAUGUGAGUCGAUUGUUUAUCUAUUAUAAUGCUCGUGUAAAAGAUGAAGAAUCGGAUGAUAUCGAUGAUUCAGGUUGUACCAUAACGAGUGCGAUCGAGUCGUUAGAAGAAUCUGGUACAUGUCUUGAAUCUAUUUGGCCAUAUUAUACGAAACGUGUGAAUAAAUGCCCAAGUGAUGAUGCGUAUGAAGCAGCAGAAAAUAAUAAAAUAAGCGAUGCUUUACAAGUGAAUGUUGAUCUGUUAGAGAUGAAAUCUUGUCUUGCGCAAGGUUUUCCAUUUGUAUUCUGUAUGAAGUUGUUUAAGUCAUUUGACAAAGCCGAUGAGAAGGGUAUAGUUUCGAUGCCGAAAUCCAACGAAAAGAGUCGAUCGUCUCACGGAAACCAUGCUAUGUUAGCUGUUGGAUACAGUGAUAAUUCAAAAGCAUUCAUUGUUCGAAACUCAUGGGGCGCAGACUGGGGCGAUAGGGGUUAUUGCUAUAUUCCAUAUGGAUAUAUGACAGAUACCGAUCUUUGUUGGGAUCCAUGGGCAGUUCGUAAAAUUGAGACAGACGAUAUGGGCCAUGAGAAUUGGGAUGAUGAAGACGAAGUCGAUUAUGGUGAUGGAGAUGACGAUGAAGGUGAAGACGAAGAUGAUGAUGAUGAAGAUGAAGAUGAAGAUGAAGAUGAAGAUGAAGAAGACGAUGAUGAUGAUUGUGACAUUGAAGACGAAGAAGUAGAAGAUGAAGACGAUGAUGAUGAUGAUGAUGAUGGUGAAGAAGAUGAGGAUGAAGACGAAGAUGACGAUGAUGACGGUGAAGAAGAAGAUGAGGAAGACGAAGACGAAGACGGUGGUGAAGAUGACGAUGAAUAG